GUGAGGGCAAACAAACAACAAAGGGGCGUAUCUGCUACCUGAUAAUAAUGGCCGACAUACUCAGUGCUGCCAUCGCUGGUGACUUGAGUGCUUUGCGAGAUGCCAUCAGGAGGGGAGAGGAUGUCAACAGUGUGCAUGGGUAUGGGUGGACUCCACUCAUGGUGGCAGCCAGGGAUGGUCACACUGACUGUAUUAGGGAGCUGCUCUCCUCAGGAGCCGUGGUGGACCUGGCUAACAAGGAUGGGCGGACUCCACUCUUAUUGGCAGCCAGUGAAGGUCACACAGACUGUGUUAUACAGCUACUCUCCUCAGGAGCCGUGGUGGACCUGGCUGACAAGGAUGGGCGGACUCCACUCUUAUUGGCAGCCAGUGAAGGUCACACAGACUGUGUUAUACAGCUACUCUCCUCAGGAGCCGUGGUGGACCUGGCUGACAAGGAUGGGCGGACUCCACUCUUAUUGGCAGCCAGUGAAGGUCACACAGACUGUGUUAUACAGCUACUCUCCUCAGGAGCCGUGGUGGACCUGGCUGACAAGGUGAGUAUCUGA